GUCCGCUGCGCGUGCCCGUGAGUCACGUCCGGAUUGAGGAAGUACUAAGUUUGGGUCUCUGUUAUACAGACAGAUAAUGACGGCUGUGUUCGAAAACGGUAUGAAAUGACGCUGUCACGAUGCUUCUCGGUGUCCUGUGCAUUCUAGUCGUCCCCCGGGUGUUUUCUGAAGCCCCUCCAGCACCCCCACAGGACAUCCAGGUAGAUAACUGGCUGCUGAGAUGGAGUCCUGACCCUGACGACGGAGAUGUCACCUACACCGCUCAAUACAGCAGCUUUGACAGUUGUGUGUGGACAGAUGUUCCAUACUGUGUCCAUAUAUCUUUAAAUUCCUGCAAUGUCAGUUCCAUCAAAGCUAGGAGUGAGUACGGCUGUGUGAUGCUGCGUGUGCAAGCAGAGAGGCAUGGGCAGAACUCCCCAUCAGUCCAAGCCUGUAGCAAACAUGGUCACCUCUGUACUCCGGACUUUAGUCUCACUGCGAGUCCUGGCUCCCUCACUGUACAUUUGAGUAGGAACACCACUUUUCUUCGGGAACAUGCCGACCAUGCAAAGUACAGGGUUUACUAUGGCAAGAAAGGAGAGGCCCUCCAGGAUUAUAAAGAUGGUCCGGCCUCAGUGACCAUUGAUGAGCUGCAGGAGGGACAGCGGUACUGUACUAGGGUGCAGUACCUGUAUUUCAAACAAACCGAGGGACUACCCACCUGUACCCAGUGUGAGCUCAUCCCCGAGUCAGACUCCAGACGGACAGUCACCAUAGUCUCUUUGGUGCUUGUGGGCGUCCUGCUCCUUGUGUUUCCUGUGAUAGCGUACUUCUUCCUCUUCCAGCGUGAGAGAUUCAAACGUUGGUUGCAACCUCGAUACACGUUCCGAGAACACUUAUUCGAGCCAAUUCCUGAGCCCUUCCUUCCCAUCCACAGCAGCACUGAGGAGCACUAUGAUGUCAUUACUUCCAUGUCCCCAGUAGAGCUCAGAGAAUGAAACUGUUUCUGCACUACUCUUCCUCUAAGUGGCCUUCUUAUUUUGUUAUGUGGCGAUUAGACCUAAACACUGAGCUGUAGGGAGACACUCUGCUUCUCCCUUAGGACAAACGUUCUGCUGGGAUGGAUUUAAACUCAUUACAAGUGAGGAUUUGAUGUCAGGUUGAAAUGUGAUUGCUGGGUAGAGGGUAUAAGGUCUAGAUUGAGUAAACAAGCUCCCCACUAUUACAAUCCACCUUAAUUCUCUCUUCAAUGUGGCUUCAAUGAUUUUAGGGAAUUACAGACAUAAGGACUUAUUGGCAGAAUUUCUGAACCUUGGAAUGAGCAUCCAUCUUUUUUUAAAUGCCAACAGGAGAACAAUGUCAAAAAUUGCACCGGGACCUACAGAGAACAUUUUUCUGUUAAGAUCAACGAUUAAACCCUUAACCCCCCCCCCAUGUUGAGAUAGUAAUCAUAUAUUGCUUUAUAGGCAUUCAUUUACCACAUUAAAACACUCAUGGCAUUACCUCAGGUUGCCUUGGUUUAACUAACCGCAACCAUGGAAACGAGAAGAUUUAGUCUGAAACUUUAUGAAACCAUUACUAACGGCUUCAGAUUGGACUGAGACAUGCCCAUGGCUGGAAAUAUAACUGGCAUUUAAUACUAAAUCAGGUAUGGUGAAGAUGAAAUGACAUAAGAACCAUUGGCAAAGAGCUGUUUAUUCCCUAAAGCAGAAACAAUUGAGUGAUCAUCUUAAUUCUGGAAGAAUACUAAACCUUACUCUGGCCCCUCCUGGACAUGAGACACAAAGGCUGCGUUUCUGUUGAUUGUCUACCAGUGUACGUUUUCUGAUCAUGAUGUUGCUUUUGUCUGAUGCUCUUUCUUGGUCAGCAUCAAGUACUUUCUUUACUAAUCUCAGCAUUGCCAAGAGUGAUUUUUACUUCUUGAUCAUUAUGUGUAUGAUGCUUAACUUUACUGACUCGCAAUAAAUGACUUAAUGUAAAGCGUAGAAAGCAUUGGGAUCCAGUCUCAUCCGG